GGUCCUAAUGCAGGCGUACACACAAAUAGCAAAACUGUACUGACUUUUUACAAGUUGCUUAAAAUUUCUCAUUAACGAGAGAUUGAUAAAGUGUGGAUAGCAUGAAUUGGCGGGAACUGAGUUUUUAUAGAACCAUUCUAAACGUGUGUUCCGUUUCAUUAGUCUGAGUUGGUCGAUGAAAACAGAUUUUUACUUCGAUUUUCAAUUCUAUCUAUUUCCCCCUUCCCUCUCUCUUUUUCUCUUGCUCUCUCUCUCUUUCUCUUUUUUCUUUCUCUUUGUUUUUCCCGUUUGUUCUUCUCUUACUGUUUGAGCUAGUACAUUCUGUUUGCCAGCCUUUUUGCAUAUACGUGUGCGCCUAUCGUACAUUAUCUGUACCGACUGGCGGACACUGCAGGAUACGGCACAUGGUUACAUUUAAUUGGUUUCCUGCUGUAACUCUCUAUAUGAUCUAUACUCGUACACACCCCCUGUUCCAAAGGGGUCCUCUUUCCUAGUGCGUUACUCUUUUCAAACCGUAGUCGUGUUGCGUUCUCGUUUGCGUUCUCGUUGCGCGUGUCCUCCACACACAUUGUCUGCGUUGCGGUGCGUGCUUUUAUCUCCGGUACGUUUCUAGUAAACGAACGAAUCACAUUACCCAACCGAACUUUAGUAGUAAAUUAACAAGACAAAACAAAAAAUAAGACAAAGGGGAGCCAUUUUAGUGUAACACCUGUGCUCAGGCAAAUAGAGUGCUUCGUGGUUUAGGUGUAGAAGUUGACAAGUUUUUUAGUGAUGAGCAAGUAUCUUACAGGAACAACAACAAAAAACACAAGAACACACUAACAUAAUGAAAUAUAAUACAGCCAAUUAUAUUAAACUCAAGUGUAUACACAUUCAUACACAAAAGCUAAAACAAAACAGUAACCAAAAAACAAACAAAAUCUGUAGAAUUAUCUACAAACACAUAUACAUUUAUAUUUUUAUAUGAUAUGGAAACUAUAUUUAUAUGCGUAGGUGGCCCUCCCCCGGUAAUAAAAAAGACAACCUUACAGCAAAACCAAUAUAUAAAAUAGUGAACUUAUAAUAGUGUACCAAUUGCGUAGUUGAUAGAUUUAUAGACACAAAUUUAAAAAAUUAAUAACAAAAUAAAUUUAUCCAUAUUCCCAACACGAAGAUGAAAAACUACACAAACACAUAUACACAUACAAAAUGAACAGCAAAACAAUAGAAGCCCAGUUAAAGGAAGCAACAACAACAAAAAGUAUAGUAUUAAAAACAAUGUAAUGAAAGUAAAAACGAGAACUAACAGACAAAUUAACCAAACAAAUUGUCAUGCGGUAAAAACGCGUAGAUCGUUAAACAGAAAAAACAAACUUUAUGGGCUUAAUGAUACCUUAUAUAGUGUUAUAAGAUGAAGUAAAAACUGUACUGUUUAAGUAAGUAAAUGAAAAAUGUGAAAGUAACCAAAUGGAAAAAUACAGAGAGAGACAGAGAGAGAGAGAGAGAGAUAGAGAGAGAAACGAAGAAAAAAACAGAGCUAAACCACCAACAACCAAACUAAACAUUAGAUAAAUCGUAUGAUGUGAUAUUUAGAGAUAGUGACAAACCAAACAUAAGAAAAGGAAGAAACAAAACAAAAAACAACAUAUUUGGCCUUUUUUCUGUUUUGUUUUGCGUAUAGAAAUAUCGCAAAAAUAUUUGCUCCGAGAUGUGUGUUAAACAAAGAGAGAUAAAGCGAGAGAGAGAGAGAGAGAGAGAGAGAGAGAACAAGAAAAAGAGUGAUCAUAAACAUACAUUGUAUUAAUACUUUAAUCUACGGAACGAACAUGAAAUCUAGUGGUAGGCAAGUGUUAAAAGGGAAUCCGACGGGGCAAGUGUUAGUUGCAUUUUUGGUAGAUGUGGGGGAGGGAUAGAAUAGUAAGUGGGGAUUUUACGGCUUAUUGAUAAGAGGGAGGGGAAGAGGAUCGAAGGAGGGUGAUGGAGCAAACUUUCGAUCAAAUGACCGUCAAUGUAGUUGGAUUGGAGAUGAACGGGAAUGAGAAGGUACGAAGCAACUGUGUCAAACGGAUACCGUUGUCAGUUUUUGUGGGCGCCACAGUGUUAAUGUCAGAUUGGUAACAAAGUGCGCAUCGAUUCACUUACCCAUGCGUUACGGUGGCCACUUCAAAUGCGUGAAUGUGAGUCUUUCUUAGUAGAACGUAGUUACCAUCCAAGCUGUCACUCCACUGUCAUUGCGAAACACUGCAAACGGAGUGGGCGAGAGAAAGGGAGCGUAAGCGUGAAAGAGAAAGAGAGAGAGAGAGAGAGGAAGCGUUAUCAAUGUUAGUGUAUUGAGUUUACAUUCGCCAAAUGUUGGGUUACGUUUCUUUCAUGUUAGCUUAGUUUUCUUCGUAUUCGUUUGUUUUCUUCAUAAGUUCUUUCGUUACUCCUCGUAGCAGUAGUCAAAGUUCGUCGUCGUGAUUGUGUAUUUAAAUGUGUUUUGUUUGUUUCCCUCUGUGUUAAGACAUUUAUGCAUCACACGCUUGAAACGUUAUUCGUUACUGUGCGAUUGUUACGUUUGCGCAUCAUCUAAUCCCGGAACGUUAAGAUACGUUACGAGUGGAUGGAUCAGAGUGGGAUUAAGGGAUUGAAGAUGGAAAAAAUAACGGUCAAAUCUCUACGCCAUCGCCGUUCAUCAGUGGUCCUGUGGCACGCGUUACACGCUGUCCCUACUGUUUUAGGUGUCGUAUUAUUGCGCUCGUACCCAUGAUUGGAGAGGUCGAGUGAAUGCUCACGUAUGUCACUCUCUACUGUUUCAUCAGUUCAAUUGUUCCUCUUAGUGCUACUUUGCUAGUUUGAUUUUGAUAUAUACACACACACACACACAUCCUUACACUACAAUUUGACGCGCUGUUUCUUUACUAUACAUCCUCUAUGUGUCUCUGUGUGUGUGUGAUCAUCCAUGUGUGUGGGUCCGUUUUUGUCGUUCGGUUUUCAAUUGAUUUUCUGUUACUGUUCUGUUGUUUCUAUUCGUUUAGACUCCCUGCACUUGUACGUUGUUUUUUUAUAAUGCUUCUUUCCCAUGCAACUGCAUCGUUUAAAACACAAUACCAACACACACAUACACGCACAAAUACAUAUGAACACAUCUUACUCAAUCGUUUGCCUUCUUCCUUUUGCUCUCGAUGUCCUUUUUCGUGUAAGCCACAUACACCUACACAACCAGACAAAUACACAUACACCAACAUGGAUGAUAAUCAAUCGAUGUCAACUGUUCACUGGUGCGCUCUGCUUGUGUUCGUCGUUUAAAGUUCUUAUUCUAUCAUUGUUAAUAGAAAGCAACCUGUAUCCGUUUACUCUAUUGUUUUAUGUUGUCUUUCGUUAGUGCGUUUCCUUCCCGAACGUACAUCAACACACAGCUGUAAGAACACACGUUAACACGCCAUUUUGCCGCCCAAUGCUAAUCUAAAUCGCUGAAGGAUGCCGCGCGGAACCAAUUACGGAAGCGAUACAUGGCGUUUGUCCUUAGCUGUAUCUGUUGUAUCGUCGUUUUCUUUCCAGAAUUUUUGCUGAAAGUCUCUGUCUCGCUCUUUUACAAACAAAACAAAUACACGCACAAACAUACAUACACACCCUUCCAUAAACCUUUUUCUCGAUGUUCUGAAUUCUCCUCUGUUGUGUAAUGUAGAACGCUCUUCACAUUUUUCUCAAAAACUCAUUGUGUCUGAAUGUAACUUUGUGUGUGUUGUUACUCUUCUCUGUCUUCUCAUGCAAAAAAAAUCAAUUACUAUAUAUCAGUUAUUGUUUUUCAACGUGUUUCCGUUCCAAUGUUUGAACUGUUCUAUCCUUGAGUACAUCAUAAUAAAAACUAUGAGCACAAACUCUAGACGACUUUUAUUGUUUAGUUUUACCUGCCUGUCCCUUUUACUGACAGUGACCGAGUUCUUUUUUUUUAUUUUCUCUCGCACUGGAACAUUAUUUAAAAAAAUAAAACGAAAACGUUUCUUCAAACAAACAAAAAUGUGUAAGGGAAACGUUAAUGCAAACGUAAACGAAAAAACAAAAACGAUUACAAAACGAAACAAAGCCAAAACCCAAAAAAACCGUAACAAACACUGAAACAUAACAAACGAUAGAAGAGGAAGCAAAAAGAAUGAACAAAAAAACCAUAAUUGGGAUUAAUGUGCAGCGCGCGUGUAACGGUUCUACCUUGUAACAUUCCUUUCCUCUACUCUCCUACUUCACUUUCUUUCCUGUCUGGUGCUCGAACACUGUCAUAUUACUACUACUUUUGCUAUCACUAUAACAUACUACUUCUACUACCACAACUACUACUACACACCACCAAACGCAAUGUAAAUAGAAAUGUGUGUGGGGAAUGGGGAAGAGAGGGUGGUUUGGAAUUGGACAAGAAAAGAUUGUAAAAUAUAUAUAUUGUGCAUAUUAUUUUUCUGUUUUGUUUGGUUUUCGUUAGUUAACUUAGCUUCUCUAAUUGGAUUUAAAAAUGAAAGCAAAAGCCAAAAAAGGCGUAAGAGAGAACAGAAUGUAACGUGGCGUCGUUUGUACUCCUGCCUCCUGUACACACACAAACACAACGUCAUUAGCAGUUCUUUUGCGUCACUGUAUGAAAGGAAGAGAAAAAAAAAAACAUAAAACCUGUGAUAGUUUUGCUUAUCUUUUGGGUGUUGGACAGUAAGAAAAAUAAAGUUUGUUCUUUUAAAUAUUAACAGAAUUGACACAUUGCUCGUGAAAGGUUAAUUUCCAUGAGCUUGCAUCUUCUACUUGAAAAGGCGAGUGAUGUAUGUAAACAUGUUACCAUAUAUACUCCCUUCCCACACGAACAAGCAUACAAUAUCCUUCCACAUUUUCGUUCUCUUUACCCCAUUCUCUCUUCUUUUCAUUUACCGUAUCUGCUUUCUGGCUUUUCCUCAUCGUUCUAACAACAUUUUAUCUUCAUAAAUCCUGUCUUCAUACUAUAAAUGAUCAAUUGGCAAACGUUUUAGUGUUUGUAUCAUGACAAAAUACAAAACAUUAAUGAACUGAUUGCUAUUCAGUAUGGCAUCAGUGUAGUUCAAAUUAGAAAAGUUCAAUUUUAACAUAAACGAAUUGUAAACAAAAACAUUUCUAACGUUCCUCAGCAGUUAUCAUGUUCUGGAACAUCGCUGGUUUACUUUUUGGAUGUGAAAAAAAAAAUCAAAUAAUAUCGAAGGAUUCUCCGCCUUCUGUUUAUCUAACAAUCUAUUUAAACCGGUGUCCUUUUAUUGCUAAAAGCAUCCUUUUUCAUUGAUAGUACGAUAAUUGUACAAUGUAUCCGUUGAAGGGCGCUUGAUCAUUACAAACAUACACUUCUCCAUAAAUCAUGAUCUCUCUACUUCUUUUGAUUAACAAUUGUCUGUCUUUUCUUCUCUGUUCGUUGCUGUCUUUCUUUGUGCAAGACUAAUCCCUACUAAACUAUACUUCUGUAAGUCAAACUAUACUUACUAGAUUCCACAGUUACCUUUAUCCCUGUUCCUUUAUCGUUAUCCCUUCCCUUGUCCUGAUCGAUCAGAAUACAUACACUUUCAUCCUGCAUUUCCCAUAAAGAAAAGACAUAGAAAGCAUAUACACAGCCAUCCUAUACACACAUAUACAUACAUAUACAUGGUACACCCAUUCAUAGAAACUAAGGUGACGUGAGAUGUGCCGUCAUGACAUCAUCUCGUACACAACUCAAAUACAUCGUCUCCAAAACUUCUAUUCCUGUCACUAUUACCUCCACUAUCACCACCACUACUACUACUGCUACUUCCAUUACUACUACUACUACUACUACUACUACUACUACUUCAACUACUAUAAUAACUGUUCUAUUACUAGUACUUCAAUUUCUGCUACUGUACUACUACAUCUACUACUACUAUUACCAAUACUACUUCUACUAUUACUACUACUACUACUACUACUACUACUACUACUACUACUACUACCACUGCUACUUGUUUCAAACUUCAAAAAAAUCAAACCAAAAAAAGAAAAAAAGGAUCCACGCGUGUGACAAUCUCAUUGUUUUUGUUAUCCCUCUUCUCUUCUCUCUCUGGUCUUUCUCUCUUCUCUGUGUGUAUGUAUAUCUUCCCAACAGGCUCCAAGGCCUGGCACAUGCGGCUGACCUUUGAACGGCUCUCAGGCGGUUGUAAUCUGCAUCGGUGCAAGCUUUGCGGCAAAGUGGUCACCCACAUACGCAACCAUUAUCAUGUGCACUUUCCGGGCCGCUUCGAAUGUCCACUCUGCCGGGCGACCUACACCAGAAGCGAUAACCUGCGCACGCAUUGCAAGUUCAAGCAUCCGAUGUUCAACCCCGACACCAGAAAGUUCGAAAACAUGCUUUCCCCCACGAUGGCGUCGCAAGCGGCUGCGGCGGCAGCAGCCAUUUCGGCAGCGGCUGCCGCCGCAAACAGCAGCUUUAAGCCCGAUUUUUCCACGGCGGCCGCGGUCGCGAACAGCUUCAAAUCGGAGCAGUUCUCCGCGGCGGCAGCAGUUGCCAAUUACGCACUGGGCUCCUUCAAGUCCGAGUUCCCCCCCAUUCCGAGCUCGACCGCGGCGGCGGCUGCGGCGGCUGUAGCGGCGGCGGUAGCGGCAUCCGUCUCGCCCGGCAGUACCGGCGGCGGCGGUAUUGGUGGUGUCGGGAGCGGUGGCGUUGGUAAUAGUAGUAUGGGCGGUGUUAGCAGCGUCGGUGGAAGUAGUAGUGGCGGCGGCACAGGCGGCACCGGCGGAGUCGGCGGCAGUAGCGGGGGCAGUCUCAGUAUGCUGGCGGCUGUCGGUGGUGGCGGUGGUGUAUUGGCAGGCAGCGGGAUUAUGGCUGCCGGUGCAGGCAGCGGUAGAGAUGGCGGCUGUGGCGGCGUUGGUGGCGGAGGGGGAGGAGGAGGAGGUGGUGGCGGCGGUGGUAGUGGUGGUGGUGGGUGUGGAAGUGGAAGCAGUGGUCGGGAAAGUAAUAAUGGUGGCGAUCUAUCCGACUGAUAUCGAAGCACUAGAUCCCGCACUGAUCAAUGGCAGCCUAAUGACUACUAUCCCCACCACGCAGACGACGAUGACGACGACCCACAACGCCAUCAGUUUCCCGUUCGACACUCAACUUCCGACACGACACCACAUCACCGUCACCAAACGCAACAGCAGCGACCUGCACCAUCUCAUCCAUCCGUACCCCGUCCUGUACCUUCCGUACCAACGGCCGUGGCUUCUUCUUCAUCUGGUUCACAGCCGCUUAGUAGUCGAGAGCGGUGCAUUUAUCCAUAUCCGUCUGUUCAAUCGUCGUUGCUUUCGUCGUCACUUUUGCGACCAACGGUUCAGCAACAGUCGGCUGAUUCUGUCACCACCUCCACCUGUACCGUCUGGAAGAAUGGUAGUAGUAACAGCAGUCUAGCCGACCUAGAAACAACACCGUCGGUCAGAAUGGAUUACGGACUGGGUGCAGUAAGCUACCCGAGUGCCGACGAUAUAAACCGGACGAACGUCUGUUGCCGGGACGAUGUUGCUGGAUACAUUGAUUGCAGCAGUCGCUAUCGUAGCAGCAGUGGAAACGGUGGCACUAAUCUUAGCAGCAGCAAUUGUAGCAGGAGUACUACUGCAAGGCAAAACCUGUCUAGCCGACCAUCGUGCCGGCUAGUAAGCCGUCACAUUACCGGUAGUGGUAGUUCGGGUAGUGCACUGUCGGUGCUUCCACUGGCAGCCACAAUUUACGGACGUCGUCCACUCUGUUCACCGUGCGGUAGUAGUUGUAGAGGUAGUAGUCGCUCUUCCCACUCCACCUUACCACAACGGGGCAGCGCUUGGAGGGGUUACGACUCGCUGCAAACAGGCGUGGAUGCGUCGGUUACUAGCUGGCCAUUAUUACUCCGCACGUCUACUAAUAACGGGCGCUCAGUAAGCGAAGGAACCCAUAUAGCUGCCACCGAAUACUCGAACCGACAGUACAGGAACCAAUACAUACAACAGGAGCUACACCGACAUCCGCAGUAUCAGCAGCAGCAGCAGCACCAACAACAGCAGCGACGUCGCCGACGGCGGCAGAUGAAACGCCCUCUAGCGGGUAUUUGCGAUAAGGGAAUUGUCGCCUUUCCGGACCAUAAACCAUCUUCGACCUACCGGCUGGGCGAUUCGAAAGCCGACUAUCAAGGUUUCACAGAGGACAGUAAUGCUGGCGAUGGUGGUAAUGGUAGUGUUGGUGGUAACAGCACUCAUCAUACGGGCACGGUCGUUUGUCCUACGCAGCUAGGUUAAGUCGUCGUGUUACCCUGUUCUCGUUAUUGUCUCUGCUCGUAUUUGGCGUGUCGUGUAUCUACUUUCUCUGCGUCUGCUCAUCAUCUCCUGCUAAAUAUGGCCGCCUCGCUUUCCUCCUGUAUUUCUACACACACAUAAACAUACACAAACUAUACACACGCACAGAAACAUACAUACACACAUACACACACAUACACACAUACACACACAUACACACGUACACUCGUAUACACAAUAUUGCUAAACCCAAAUGGCAACACUCGACAUAUCUGUUGGUUAUUUCUGCUUUGUAGAUCUUUUCCACUCACACAACAGCCACACACAGCUAUACAACACACAUUCACACCUACGCCCAUACACCAAUUCGUUGUUAUAAAGGAUUGUGCAAUUAGGAGCUUUUAUAGGCACUUGUCUUGCCGCUGGGAUACCCAUUACGCAAGUUUGAUUACUGAUGGCGGCUCUUGAGAUAUGUCGUGCCGGAUAUUAACAACUCUCUGCCACCCUCCCUCGUGUAUAUCGCCCGAUGAUACUUAUAAUCGUUGACGUUGAUCGUAUAGUUUGAUAAGCUUAGCGCCCUAGCCUUGAUAGUUACACACAAUCGUGCGUAAUUAGUUUUGUUUUCUUUCCACCCAUUACUUCCGUCACCCCGCCCCCUUCCUUCCCUUUCCCUCUUCGCUCCACAAAUACCUGUUCACACUUGUGUAGUCUAAUUUUUUUAUUGUUAUCGUUUCGCUUUCAAGCGAACAAACUCGGUGCAUUUAACGAAAUACCUUUCCAUUAGCAAGUACUCUCGCAAAGCAACACGUCCCAAUUAGCAUUACAGAUUUGAUUAUUAUUGUUUAGAGUUUAUGAUUUGUUUUUUGCUCUUUCGAACAACAACUUCUUCUUUAUCGCUCUCCACUACAUGCGUUCCGUAAACAGAAGGAAAUUUGAGCAGCCGUUGGAUAAGUCAUCCGUAUUGCUACAUAUAUCCUUUUCUUCACUAACUUAGUCUCAUCGUACCCAAGCUAGGUAUAGUCGUUUAUGCAUGCGUUGUACUAUUGUAGAGAUUUGUUUAUUAUUAUUUUUUUAGUUAUACUAGAAUGAAUUAUUGUAAAAAUAAGUGAUAAAAAUCACUUGUGUCCAGAUGGACAGCAAACAAAAGAGCACAAGCCGCACAGCUUCGAAACGAAGAAUGUUGUGUCGAGAUAUUAAUCUAAAGAUGCGUGGUACCUCGUAUUAUCCUAUUCACAACCACACAUACCAGAACAUUAUGGGAUUGUAAUAUCCAAAACCGUUUUGCGUGAUAGAACUCAGCUGUGGGGAAAGAAGGAAGAACACCACCGUGAUGUCUUGCUAACAGGGGACGUAGUGAGAGAAGGAAUGGAACAUUAGAGAAGGAAGGGUGCUUUUCUUCAAGAGGGGAAGGGGGAAGAGAAUGGUGAUGAGGAGGUAGAGUUAGGUCUGGAAGGGUUGGGGAGGUGCGGGGGCGAGGGGAUCAAAUUAUGACAUUGUAAAGCUAUCCUUAUCUAGUCACAACACAUAGUGAAUGUUUUCCGAUCGGGCAUCAUUAAACCGUUUGACAGUGCUAUUCGUUUGAUCGCUACUGACAUAACAGGGAAGAAAAAAAAUCAGUACACUAUUAUCGCCAGUAUACAAGUACACAAACAUACACACCUAUAUACACAUAUCUACUUAAAAUGUUCAUCUUUAUUUGCUUACGCAUCACUGCCUGUGCAACCCUCCAUUGCAUUUUUUGUUUUGUUUUUGUUUUAAUCUCAGUGUAAGAAUUAAUUGUGACCGAAUUUUAAGAACAGUGGUCAAACACACAUUACAUACGGGGCAUUAGGCCAGGUUUUCGAUGAAGAGUGAUUACCUUCGUGUGCAUUAUUUGAAAUAAUAAUUGCUGAAACGUUUAAAGUAAAAUGAAGAUUUAGUAAAUCAAUACCACUGUUGGAGACAGUUUCUUCAUUAUCAGUUGAAAUUUUGCGUUUUAUGUAUAUCCGUGGUCUUUUUUAGUGUACUGGUUGCUUUUACAUCUUGUCGUCUUCUCUUCGCGAACUGUAAUGAAUGUAAAGUGGUUCAAGUUGUCAACUUAAAACACAAACACGUGAUACGUUUCUCAUUGGGAACAUUCCUGAACUUUUUUUUUGGCGAUAGAGCGAAAAAAACAAUAAGCAAGCGAGCAGUAAAAAGGAAGGGAGAGGAAGAGAGAAAGAGAGAUACAGAGUUUUGAAUGUUUUGACACAUUGUCGAACGGGAAUAGUACUGCGCAUAUUACUAUAGGGCUACUAAAAGAAUAACGUGUUUUAGUAAGUACACUUAGCUAGUAUGAAAGAGGAGCAUAAAGCGUAAAAGCGCACACUCUGUUCAUUUCGAAAGUAUUUGUUUGUUUGUUUGUUUUUUGUAGAACACGGGUAAAACAAAAAAGGAAGUUAUAGCUCCCAGUCAACUAAAGGUGUCUUUUCGUUUCCUUUUCCGACUCGAUUUUGUGAUCAUAUUUUCCUCUGAUUGCGUGAUCGUGUAUUGACAUUGUUCAUCAAAUCGUGGAAGAGGUAGAAUACUUAUUUAGGGAAGGUGGUAGUCAAAAUACUUUCUAGAAUAAUUAUGCCGGGAACACUACAGCAAAUAUACAGCAACAUCUUUUUAUAAAUGCCCAGUAAACGUUCUGCUCCGAACAAACAAUUUGAAACCACAACACCUUUUCCUAGAACACUGCUUGUUUAGGUUGGUCAGUCGUGUAGAAUCAUUCCUUGGAUAGGUCCUUUUCAGCCACACGUCCGUGAGUGGAGGCGCGCGUAAGGAAAGUUGUUAGGAUGAAGCAGAAAAAAGAAACUAAAACAAGACAAAAGUAAUGAAACAGGAACAGAAUACCCAGUAAAAAAUGGCCAGACCUAUGAAUUUGUAAAUCUAAAGAGCGAAAGCGAAUAUUGCCGCGAAACAAGCCCCAGCUUCAGGAUGUUUGACAAAUGCGCGCAAAUACCCUCAUAAACCGUUUCCGUUCUUUUGCUAGGAAUAGUAGAUGUGUUUUCUCAGAUUAGUGUUUACAUGUGUGUAUGGAUGUGUUUUUUUUUGUUGCGAGUGAACGAACCAGAGCGAAUAUGUGUGACAUUCGUAUGUGUGUGUGUCCUGCGUGUUUGUGCGGUUGGGUGUGAGUUGAGUGUAGUUGAAUGAUAUUGUAUGUAAGUAUUCUUUGCCAUGUAUAUGUAUUUUGUAAUAGGAUAUGUAUACAUAGCGUGGAGUAUUUAUGUGUUAGUUCACACGCUUACACACAAAUGACAUCUCUUUAAUGCAUAGGCCAAGUGUUUUAAUAUACCAACAUAUAUCGUUAAUAUUACUAAUAAUGUGCAAUAUAAAAAUCACAAUUUUACGCUAUUUAUGUUCAAGUUUCGUAAUUAAACCACCCCGGUAUGCUUUUUUAUUAUAAUUAUUAAUAUUAUUCUAAUUAUAAAUUAAUUUAAUAUUGUAGUGAUUAUGGUCUUUACCAUGGUUCAUUACGCUACUCAAACUUAACAGGAAACGUUAUGAUUUGCAAUACAAAACAAUCAUCACUUAGGUUGUGUAAGCGCGCGGUUUGUUUUUUUUAGUACUUUAGCACUUUUCAAUUUCAUUUUAUUAUUGUUUUGUUGUAUUAGUUUUCGCUUACUUGUUUUUUUUUGUACUGCUUUUUUGUUUUGUACGUACGCGCGUUUGCAUAUUAUAUAAAUAGUAUGUAUGAUUAACUUAAAAGUAUAACGUACUACCUCAUUUUCUAUGGUUGUAUUUAAAAUGUAUCGAACUCUUUAUGUGGUUCCGUUUUCCCAUAUUUACAUGCCUUCUUUUUUGUUUUGUUGUGAAGUUUCGUUGUUAUUUGUUUACUUCUACCACCCCGGAUGCUGUUGGUUUUUUUGGUGUUUGUUACCUCCCUUUAUAAAACAUUAAUCUCAACACAAAAUAUGCAUAUGUAUGUGCGCGUGUGCUUGUGUGUAUGCGUGUCCAACACUUUCCUCCCUUUACGGUAAAUGGUCGGCAUAGGUGUAUUAUUGUAUGAUUUUUUUUGCAUUGCAGUUUAGCUUAUGUGUGUUUUUUCGUUUAUAUUUUGUUUAUAAAUUUUAUUAAAAUCGCCUAAGUAUGUUACCUGUCCAGCGUGUUAAGAGAACGUAUUAAUUUGUAGUUUUGUGAAGUGUAUAGGAAAGAAAUGAAAAGGGCGAGGUAAAUCUUAAGAGGAAAAUUAGAAAAACGAUCAGAAUUACAAAACAAAUCCAAAAAAAUCUACUUUGCGCGCUAGUCUAUGUUAUAGUUUAACAUAUAAAAGCCUCCAAACAAACGCUUUUAGCGUUGAAGAUCAUUAAAGGGCAAAAAAUAAGUAAAAGGUGGAAAUGAGUUAGCUAAACCAGCAACGUGUCGUUAUGGUUACUAAUUUUAUGUAUUUUUUUUUCUUUUUUCCAUCAACUAUCAACUGUUAGAUUAUUUCAUUAGCUUCCGAAAUAAGACUAGCUUUGAAAAAAAGAAAGCAUCUUAUAUAAUUAUCUAGCUCAACAACAAGCUCAUAAACAAAUAGGUGAACAAUAGUAAAUCAAUUAACUAAUUUGAAACACAGACGUAGCAUAAAAGCAUUCAGAAAUAGUAUACUUAAAAUAACACAUACAAAACGAGAGAAAAAAGGACCAAGGAACGAAUAACACGCACACACACUUACCUUUGCAAACCGCUAAAAAGUUUGUUUUUAUGUUUAAUAUUAGUAUCGAAAACGGAGGAUCAUCCACUAUAGUUAAUUAGUAACCCCGCAGUGACACAUUGGUUCAGUUGAGCGAAAGGUUUAUCCCUCUGUUGCACAAAUUUAUUACACACUUCCUCGCUCUUUCUCUCUUGCCCGUUCUCUCUUCCACACGCUACACGCAACUGCGCGCGCGCGCGUACACGCAUACAGCGACGGGUUUACUUUUUGACACUCAAUUAUUAAUCUCAUUGCUACUUAGAUUAACAUAACGUGUAACUUAAUUUCAGUAAAACUGGGUACCGCUCUUAGAUCUGUCGUAAACGAAAUAAUAGUAAAACUGCAAACGCAAACUAUCCAUAAAAUAUAUACAUAUAUAAUACCCUCUUAACUCUCUCACCCGUUUUGCACAGUUUCGGCCCUUUCCGUGCUUUUAGUUGACUAUUUGUUUAUAUAUACAUAUAUAUAUAAUUUUUUUUUGUUUGUUUGUUUGUUUGUUAAUUGUUUUGUUAGUGUGCAGCUAAUUCAUUGCAAAGACUCAUUGAGCAAUUUUCAGUGCAAUUGUGGCACGGCCAGCAACGGUCAAGCCGAACGGGUAAUGCAUUUAAAAGGUUUACAUAUGUUUCUCGGUUAAAAAAGAGGGGAAGGUGUGCGAACGAGGAGCCCCCUUUUAGUUCGAUGUACGAAACGGGAGAAAAGGGAUUAUAAAGA